CUAUAUGAAACAUCUGUGACCCUCCAAGCUCUGUGAGAAAAGUACAUUGCAUGUUAUAUCCGUGACUUCGUUUCGAGUGCAAUCUUUAUGUCUACCUAACGGCAUGAAAAUUUACUUUUGUUGCUCGAUCCGGGGUGGUCGUGAUGAUGUUAAAUUUUACGGAGCUAUUGUACAAUGGAUAAAAGGCAUAGGCACUGUUUUGACUGAACAUGUGAGCCGGCCUGAGCUCACAGAGAAAGGUGAAGAUGUCUCUGCAGUGGGGGAUAAGCAUAUUCACGACAGGGAUAUAGAAUGGCUGCAAGAAGCAGAUGUUGUCAUUGCAGAGGUGACACAACCUUCGCUAGGAGUUGGUUAUGAAAUUGGACGUGCAGUAGCAAUGAACAAAAAGGUGCUUUGUCUCUUCAGACCAUCUUCAGGGCGCGUUCUGUCUGCAAUGAUACGAGGAGCAAAUGAUGGAUGUCGAUUCCUGGUGCGUGAUUAUACAGAGGACACAAUGCAAGAAGUUCUUCAGGAGUAUUUUGAGAAAAUAUUUCCAGCAAUAAAAUAACUAGACUGCUAAUUUGCUGCAUCCUUUUUUUUUUCCUUUUGUAACUUGCUUGUUUGCAGGCAGUUGACACAAAUUUAAAGAUGACCAGUAACCUGUUUUGAUAAAUUAACUCGAGUGUACACCUGUAGUACUAUUUUUUUAUUUUAAUAGAGAAAAUUAAUGCAAGCAAAGCACCACUGGCAGAAAGUUUAGUGCUGAACAUGCUUCAUAUUUGCAGGAUUGUAUUAUUAGUGCUGAACAUGCUUCAUAUUUGCAGGAUUGUAUUACCAGUUAAUUUUAGUCAGAGGCAUUUGUUUAAAAUUCAGUAAAAUGUACUCGCUAGUAAGUUAUGAAACCGCUUUUGCAGCAGCUGAACACUACUGCCUUGUUUUCUAAAUUUUCUAAUAAAUUGAAAAUUUAUUUUUUUUUAUGACUUGUCUUAUUAAGAAUAAAAAAAAUAUCUGUUCACACCAA